AUGACAACUUUUAAAGUAAAUUUACAAGAUUCUAAAGCCGCAUUCAACAAUAGGGAAGAUAAUCUAAAUGAAAUAAAAUUGAAAGAAAAAUAUACAAGUAAAAAUGUAUCUAAUCUUUCUGAAUCCACUACAUCUUAUUUUGUGAAUAGGUUCCAAGAAUCGAAAAAGAGAGAAAAAUCAAGAAUAAAGGCACAUGAGAGUAUGAUGAGCUCUAGAAUUCAUACAUUUGGUAAUAACAGUAAUUCUAAGGAAUACAAGCAUAUUUCAGUAAAUGAACUAGAGGAAUAUUCCAAUUUAUGGAUAAGCAAAAGAUAUAUACCUGAACCUCAAUUAAAAGAGACUUUACAAAAUAUUAAAAUAUUAAGAUUGAAUAAACUAUUUGCAAAAGUACGCCCACCUAAAUUUGAAGAACCACAAUAUUCUAAUUGGGUAACACUAGGGAUAAUAUCUCAAAAGAGUGAAGUCAAAUACACCACAAGUGCUAAACCGCAAAAAUUUAUUAAGUUAACUUUAACAAACCUUAAACAGCAGAUUGAUAUAUUCAUCUUUGGAGAUUCUGGUGUUCAGAAAUAUAUUACACUUCGAGUAGGGGAUAUUAUUGCAAUUUUAAAUCCUGAAAUUUUACCUUGGAAACUAUCUUCAACAUCAAGAGGUCAGCAUCUUAUUAAAUCAUUUAAUUUAAAAAUAGCACAUAAUUAUAAUUGUAUUUUGGAGAUUGGCAAAAGUAGAGAUCUUGGGUAUUGUCCUGUAUGGAAUAAAUCAAGUAACAGUAAAUGUGGAAAUUGCAUUGAUGUAUCUGUUGAAAAAUGUUGUGAAUAUCAUCGUGAAGUUCAAAUGAGGUCAUCAAAUGCAAAACGUCUUGAUUUAAAUGGUGGUUUUUCUAUGGGAGCUCCAACAAAAGUCGGCCUUCAACCAAGUAUUUAUCGUGAAAAUGUUUCAAAGCAAAAUCCUUCAAAUAGCAAGCGGAUACUAUCAAAUAAUGUUCAAACUGAAAAUAUUAGUGGCAAAAAUUUUACUCCAAAAAACUAUGGUAAUGGUUCCAAUGCCCCAUCAUUUAAUUUAAUGUCACGGACUGUUGGAUAUAAUCAUCAAAAUGAGGAAGAAUUGAGGAAAAAAGCAUAA